AUGCUAUUAGCCAUAUUCGGCGAAGAAGGAAUGUCGUCCGAAACCCUAACAUCACCGUCUUCUUCCCUUCAUGCACCGCCACUUCCCAGUCUUCCAUUCGAUCUAGUGGUUGAGAUUCUCUCUGGGCUUCCAGUAAGAACCCUCAUGCAACUCCGGUGCGUGUGCAAGUCCUGGAAAUCUCUAAUCUCCGACUCCGAAUUUGCCAAGAAGCAACUUUGCGCGUCAAUGUCAAUCACCAGUCGCCAUCACCUCAUAUUAUCCGUCCGCAGCGAGUUCCUCUCCAUGGCUUGCUCUCUAUCAUCCUUCUUUGAAGAAGGAACCACAACCACCAUGCAGCUAGAGUACCCUCCGGAAAUAAAUCAAACUAGUAUCGUUCACUUAGUUGGCUCUUGCCAUGGCAUCCUCUGUUUCAAACACGAUCGAGGUCGGGUUCUUUUGUGGAAUCCUUCCAUUAGGAAAUUUACGAAGUUGCCCCUAUUGGAAGAGGCGGGUCAUCACUCAUCAUUCCAAUUUUCCUUUGGCUAUGAUAAUUUUAGUGACAGUUACAAGGUUGUUGCUGUUUCAUGCUAUGAAACUUAUGUUAUUAAUGAUAUUUGGGCUCACAAAUAUCAAGUAAAUGUUCAUACUUUGGGCACCAAUUCUUGGAGAAAAAUGCAGGACUUGCUUUAUAAUAUCAUUUUGGAUAGCGGUAUUUUCGUUAGUGGAACUAUUAAUUGGUUAGCAUGGAGAGAUUGGCAUCCUCCAGGGGUCAUUCUUUCUCUUGAUUUUGAGAAGGAAUCUUAUCAAGAGCUUCUGCUGCCUGAUUUUGGAGGGUUAGGUAUAGAUAUGUUAGACUUAGGGAUGUCUAAGGAUUGCUUGUUGAUAUUAUCUCAUGGUGAUACUUUUACAGAUGUUUGGCUUAUGAAGGAGUUUGGAAAUAAAGAAUCUUGGACUAAAUUAUUCCGAGUUCCUACCGAUGGUGGAUACAAUAUUGAAGCUUGGCUACUUUAUUUUUCCGAGGAUGAUCAGGUGCUAGUGGGUAUUUACCCAAAGUUUGUUAUUUACAAUUCUAGAGAUGGGACUUUUAAGGAUCGUAGUAAUCAAAACAUAAAUAGUUCGUGGGUUGAAAGAGAUGUCUAUCUUGAGAGUUUGAUAUCACCUUGUUUCUAG